ACCGCAGAUUAAGAUAUAAUAAGGGAGUCAUUCCCUCAAUUCCGUCUGUUCAUGACAUUUGAAUCCUAUAAAUAAAUCUUAUCGAUUAGUGGUGAACUAGGCCCUUACUUCCCACGUCAUUCCAAGAGCCAAUCACGAGUGACUCAUACUCAACCAAAAUUGCAAUCUCCUGCCCAUUGACUGGAGGGAUCCAUCACACAACUUCAUUCAGUCAAUCCUUAGAUAACUUACGAAUCCAUUCAUCCAUUCACCAUGGGUUCCAUCGCUCAAAACGUGGCCGAGCUCGACGGCUCCACCUUCAACAUCACCCGGUCCACCAACCUGCGGGAUGUCCCUCUCCCUGGCUCCCCAGAGGAACUAAGCCACUCAUACUGUACUGACCAUAUGGUCACCGUGCGGUGGACAGCAGCCAAUGGUUGGGAGACCCCCGAGGUGAAGCCUUACCAGAACCUUAGCAUCCCACCGACAGCUUCAUGCCUCCACUAUGCCACAGAAUGUUUCGAGGGUAUGAAGGUGUACCGGGGAUACGACGGCAAGCUGCGUCUAUUCCGUCCUGAUCUCAACGGCGAGCGUCUGAACUCCAGUGCGCAGCGAUCUUCACUACCCAGCUUCAAGUACGACGAGCUCAAGAAGCUGGUUGGCAAGCUCAUGCAAAUUGAUGGCUCACGCUGGCUACCCAAGGAGCGUCCCGGCUCAUUCCUCUACAUUCGUCCUACUAUGAUUGGCAGCGGCGCUCACCUCGGCGUUCAAGUCCCCAAGGAAGCCCUCCUGUUCAUUAUCGCUGUCCCCUGGCCCGAUUUCACCAAGAUGAAGAAGGAAGGCCAGAAAGAGCCUUCGAAGGGAUUGAGACUGUACGCUUCGAACCCCGAGACUAUCCGUGCCUGGCCCGGCGGUUUCGGAUAUGCCAAGCUCGGCGCCAACUACGGUCCCUCGCUACAGGCGCAUGGACAGGCACAGGCGCUGGGCUUCGACCAGAUCCUUUGGCUGUUCGGUGAAGACCGACAGGUCACCGAGGCCGGUGCUAGUAACUUCUUUAUUAUCUGGCAUAAUGCCGAUACGGGCAAAUUGGAGCUUGUGACUGCUCCAUUGGAGAACCAGUUGAUUCUGCCUGGUAUUACCCGGCGCAGUGUCUUGGACUUGGUUUCUGAGAAGCUGUCGAAGCAGGCGGUUGGACCUUUGGAGCCAUUGCAGGUCGUGGAGCGGACUUUGACCAUUGGGGAGAUUGAGAAGGCUGCGGCUGAGGGUCGCAUUGUUGAGUCGUUUGUUUCGGGUACUGCUUACUUCAUCACUCCCGUUGCCAUGAUCCGCAAUAUCGAUACUGAUAUCAGUACUUUGGGACCUAAUGGUGAGGCUGCGGGCUACGCUGCGCAAAUUAAGUCGUGGCUGGAGGCUAUCAUGUACGGCAAGGAAGAGCAUGACUGGGCCUAUACUGUUGAGCAAGAGGAGAAAUAGAAAGUUGCAUUGCUGGAACGAAUCCACCUUGCGUUGAAGACCGCAUUUGAUUUC